AUGGGCUCAAUAUCAAGCCCUGCUGAGGCUGUGGCAAGAAUUGCCUAUUUGGCCUCAGAUGUUGUUCUUUCGGUACAACCAUCAUUGAGUACCGAUAGCGAGUUCAGCCAUCAUCUGUCACGCUACGCUGCCAAUGAGGCGAAGAAUUACUUUGGAAAAUCGGCACCAGAAAUCCUUGCGGUCCGUCAGAAUGCGGACCCUCUGCUCUCAGCCUAUGCGCCACUAAGAGAGGGCAAGCUCCUCUCUGCGACUGCUCCCUCCUCUAUCCUCCUCCACUCCAUCCCACAUCUCUACAAACUGGCCGAAUACCCUGCAGUGCUCCACAUCGCUCUGGAUGCAACCCAGCCAGACUUCUCGGAGAUCAGCUCUAUCAGACAGUGCGGUUUCACAUUUCUGCAGUCGGAAACACUUCAAGAGGCGCAGGAUAUCGCUCUGACGGCGCAUGCACUCGCCGUAAGAAGUGGAAAGGGCGUUAUUCAUUUCUAUGACCCAUCAAAUUCAAUUCAAGACAGCCCCAUCCAGCCCGAGAGUCGGGAUCUUGUUCAGGCAUUGAUUGGCGAUGAACGUCCAAGGGCUUCAUAUACAGAGGCGACCGAAGAGUCUCUAUAUGUCAACGAUGGCCGUGCUGCUGUCGUGACAGAUUUUGGCUUGCCCCAGGUCAAUGCAUCUGCCAAUGCCGCCUCAAGAUCUGAGCUCUUGCCCGCGACCAAUGGCGCCCAGAGCGCUUCCACGAACGGAACGACGGAUAUAUCCUCGACGGUGUCAUCCCGGCGAGACAGCAGCUCGGACGGUGCCAUGGCAUCAUCAAUGGCCACUACUGUCGAAACACCGAUAUCAAGACCAGUAAACGCCACAGAUAUCUUCAACUUUGCCACAGAGAUUUGGGCUGUCGUCUCCAGGCUGACCGGUCGGUCGUAUUCUGCGAUCGAGUACUCAGGCCCGCCUGACACAGAAUCCGCUCUCUACAUAUUCGGCUCUACUGGUGUCUUUGUGGACAUACUAGAUAGCGAAGAGGUCCCACUAGAUUUGGCCAACGUUGGCAUCAUUACCGCCCGACUUUAUCGCCCCUGGCUUGGCACCUCUGUUCUUCUAGACUCGAUUCCCCGGAGCAUCAAGAAGAUUGCUGUUCUUGAGCAGAUCAGGAGGAAAACUACCAAGUGGGGUCCUUCGUUCCUUGAUCUUCUCUCCAGUCUGAGCCCAACGGCGGGUGGCAGCAAUGGCAUCCAGCUAGUGCAAUACAGGCUUGGCCAGAUCGAUUCCGCCACCGCCACCCAAGCUCUUCGUGGUAUCUUUCAGAAUCUUACUCCGGUUUCUACGCCUCGGAAGCAUUCCCGUAGGAGGGGGCAUUCUCAGGCCGCUGUCGUACCAAUUCAGAAUCUCAGCAUUGGAAACGAGAUCGAGCCUGUUAUCCACAGGACGCCUGUAGAGCAGCCGGGCCUGGAAGAUGCAUACCUCAAAAUCCUGAAUCAGCUCUUCAGCUCACGUCUCUACCUCGCCAACCAAGCGAAGUCGAAGAAUGCCGGUGUUUCUGCGAGCCUUGCAGCCUCGCCUGAAUAUGGCUUUGGAUCUCUCUUGGCUCGUAUUGAACACCGCGGGCGCUUCGUAAAGGAAGCCGAAACAGCUGCAUCCAGCAAAGAGUUCAUCACUGAUUCUCCCAAGCAAUGGCUGUCACGGUGGGCCUUACAUGCCAACGAUGCCCAGAAGGCUAAUGAGUACGCACCGGAGGUCAUUUCACGGCUAUCUAACGAUGGUUCGAGGCUAGCCACAUCCUUACUCGACAACAAAGGUCUGUUCUAUAAGGAGUCGCAGUGGGUCAUUGGCUCAGAUGCUUGGGCAUAUGAUCUUGGCAAUUCUGGCGUUCAUCAUAUCCUGGCUUCGGGUGCCAAUGUUAAUAUGCUCAUCGUUGACUCCGAACCAUAUUCAGAGCGCGCCAAAGCCGAUGCGAAUCGGCGCAAGAAGGAUAUUGGCCUCUACGCCAUGAACUUUGGCAAUGCCUACGUCGCGUCCGUCGCGGUGUACGGCUCUUACACUCAGGUCUUGGAGGCAAUGCUCGAGGCCGAUAAGUUCGAUGGUCCGUCGGUUGUUCUUGCAUACCUGCCUUACAAUAAAGAGAACGAUUCCGCUCUCACCGUUCUACAAGAGACUAAGAAGGCUAUCGACAUUGGGUAUUGGCCUCUCUACAGAUGGAACCCGGCCAACGAAGCUAAAGAUGAGCCGACAUUCUCGCUCGACUCCGAGCGAAUCAAGAAGGAGCUCGAGGAAUUUCUCAGGAGGGACAACCAGCUGACUCAGCUCAUGAACCGUCACCCUCAAUUUGCUGCAAAUCUCUCUGAAUCAUAUGGCACCGAAGUCAGGAAGCUACAAAAGCGGAAAGCCAAGGAUGCCUAUGAGACGAUGUUGGAAGGUCUGUUUGGCGCUCCUCUAACCAUCCUGUUCGCCUCCGACAAUGGUAACGCAGAGGGUCUAGCAAAGAGACUUGGAAAUCGCGGAAAAGCCCGGGGUCUGAAGACUAUGGUCUUCGCGAUGGAAGACUUCCCUAUUGAAGAUCUUCCAGGCGAAGAAAACGUUGUCUUCAUCAGCAGCACUGCCGGGCAAGGCGAAUUCCCGCAAAACGGACGUGCUUUCUGGGAGGCCAUCAAGGAUGCCAACGAUCUCGAUCUGUCGAAUAUUCAUUACUCGGUCUUCGCUCUAGGAGAUCGCCACUACUGGCCUCGUAAGGAAGACAAGGUCUUCUACAACAAGCCAGGCAUUGACCUCGAUAAGCGUGUCAAGGCUUUGGGCGGCAAGGAGCUAGUUGCUAUCGGCCUCGGUGACGAUCAAGACCCAGAUGGUUUCCAAACUGGUUACCAAGAGUGGGAGCCCAAGCUCUGGCAAGCCCUCGAUGUUGCGAACGUGGAAGGACUGCCCGAGGAGCCUCCCCCAUUGACCAACGAAGACAUCAAGAUUUCGUCAAAUUUCCUGCGUGGAACCAUCUUGGAAGGUCUCGCAGACACUUCCACCGGCGCCAUUGCUGCAGCUGAUCAGCAGCUGACCAAGUUCCACGGAACCUACAUGCAGGACGACCGUGACCUCCGCGACGAGCGCAAGGCGCAAGGGUUGGAGCCUGCUUAUUCAUUCAUGAUCAGAUGCAGGCUGCCUGGAGGUGUUGCUAGUCCUGACCAGUGGUUGAGGAUGGACAAAAUUGCUUCCGAUAUGGGCAACGAGACCAUGAAGUUGACAACCCGCCAGACAUUCCAAUUUCACGGCGUCAUCAAGUCGAAACUCAAGCCCGCUAUGCAGGCUAUCAACAGAGCCUUGAUGACCACAAUCGCAGCGUGUGGCGAUAUCAACCGAAAUGUGAUGUGCUCAAGCUUGCCAACUCAAUCUGAAUACCAUGCUCAGGUACAUGCUGUGUCGCAGAAGAUAUCGGAUCACCUCCUGCCAUCGACAACAGCCUACCACGAGAUUUGGCUGAAAGACACAGAGACUGGAGAGAAGACGCAGGUUGCCGGCGAUGCUGUGCAGGACUUUGAGCCUCUCUAUGGUCCCACCUAUCUCCCUCGAAAGUUCAAAAUCACGAUUGCCAUCCCACCACACAACGAUACGGACGUUUACGCCCACGAUGUUGGCUUGAUUGCCAUUCGGGACGAAAAGACACGAAACCUCAAGGGUUUCAAUAUCCUAGCUGGUGGCGGUAUGGGUGUGACUCACAACAACAAGAAGACGUAUCCUCGUACCGGUUAUAUGAUGGGAUACGUGCCAGCCGAUGCAGCUCACCUGGUCUGCGAGAAGAUCAUGCUUGUGCAGCGUGACAACGGUGACCGCAAAAACCGCAAACACGCGCGCUUGAAGUAUACUAUGGAUGACAUGGGCAACGAGGUCUUCAAGGCCAAAGUCCAGGAGCUACUGGACCCUUUGAACAUCAAGUUUGACGCACCUGCUCCCUUCAAGUUUGCGUCGAACAUUGAUACUUUCGGCUGGCAGCAGGACGAGAAGGGUUUGAACCACUUCACGUUCUUCAUCGAAAACGGUCGUGUUGAAGACACCGCCGAUUUCCCAAUGCGGACUGGAUUGCGGGAGAUUGCCAAAGUACACAAGGGCGAGUUCCGGCUGACGGGCAACCAGCACUUGAUCUUGUCCAAUGUCACGGAUGCCAACAAGCCGCUCCUGGUGGAAUUGAUGAAAAAGUACAAGCUUGACAACACACAAUUCUCGGGUCUGAGGCUAUCCAGUUCAGCUUGUGUCGCCUUCCCGACCUGCGGUCUGGCUAUGGCUGAGUCAGAACGCUACCUGCCGGAGCUCAUCACGAAACUUGAAGGCUGUUUGGAAGAGAACGGCCUGGCUCAAGACAGCAUCGUCUUCCGCAUGACAGGUUGUCCCAACGGAUGCGCUCGACCGUGGCUCGCCGAAGCAGCAUUCGUCGGCAAGGCCUUUGGCGCAUACAAUCUCUACCUCGGCGGCGGCUACCACGGUGAACGGCUCAACAAACUGUAUCGCAGCUCAAUCAUGGAAGAAGAGAUCUUGGAGAUAAUGAAAGACCUGCUAUCCCGGUAUGCAAAGGAGCGUAACAAGGGCGAGCAUUUCGGUGAUUGGACAAUUCGUGCUGGCAUCAUCAACGAGACUACUGAGGGCAAGCAUUUCCACGAAGACACCGCUGAGGUGGAGAGCGACGAGGAGUAA